AUGCCGCCCGCUCUUAGCGAUGUCGACUCGUCCGACAACGAGACGGCCGCGACCAAGGCCACCAAGCAGCCAAAACCGUCGGCCGAGCCCGCGCAGCCUGAAGCGGAAGAGGACGGCGAGGAGCACGGCGAGGAGCACGGCGAAGAGGACGGCGAAGAGGACGAAUACGUCGUCGAGAAGAUCCUCCGACACAGGUUCAACAAGGGCAUGCUGGAGUUUGACGUGAAAUGGCAGGGCUACGAGAACCCCAAGGACCGCACUUGGGAGCCCGAGGAGAACAUGGAGACGGCAGCCGACGUGCUGAAGGAGUACUUUGAGGACAUUGGCGGGCGGCCGGAGAGGCCCGAGAAGGGCACCAAGCGGAAGGGACGCGCCUCGAUGGUGGUGAGCGAACCAGGCACUCCCGCGUCGAGCGCCAAGCGCACCAAACAGAGCAAGGAGGAGCCGGUGGAGAAGGCGUGGAGCCCGCCGCCGGGCUCUUGGGAGCACGACGUCUCGCACAUCGACACCGUUGAGCAGGGCAUAGACCCCAAGACAGGGAAGGAGGCCAAGUUCGCCUACAUCGUCUGGAACAACCAGAAGAAGACGCAGCAUCCACUCAAGCACAUCUACACAAAGUGUCCCCAGAAGAUGCUGCUAUACUACGAGAGCCACCUCGUCUUCACCGCAGACGACGACGACGACGCCAUGGACGAAGCCUUCUAG